CAGCCAGGGGUUCUCAGGUUGCAGGUGAACUGGAACAGCAGUUGACGUGCUAGUGGUGCCAGGUGCGAAGACGCCGUCUUCCACCACGAAGAGGAAGCCCACCGAAUCGAGAGGCGACAUGCCAUAUGUUGGCGUUGUCAAUGCAUCGAAGAGAGGGGCAACUGCAGCGUACAUUCCUCAUAUGGCGCACCGACAUAGCCCAGGGGUCACCGAUCAACGAUCAAGUUUACGCGAGCCAACGUCCGAGAAUAACCCACCGCACGCAACGCAAUACCGCCGCUCCGAGUCUGCACGCAUGCGUCAACGUCCCCGACACAAACCGAGCGAUCCAAUGUCCAUGAAUAAACACGCACCUUCCACGCCGGCAACCUUGGCGCAGCCGUUUCUGCAUAGCGCAAACUGCGGUGGACGCAACCCGCACCCACCCUCACGCCCUGAAGCCUUAAGACGUAAUGCCAAACCGACUCUCCCGCCAAACGUGCCCGCAUAA